CUUUAAAAUUUGAAAAUACUCCUAAAGUUAGAUCUUUUCUUCGAGAAAUUUCUAAAGAUUUACCCUAUUUUGACGUGUCAUCUAAAAUGAAAGAAAUACUUCCCUCGACUGCACAGGGAUUUCUUCUCUUAUACGUAAAUAUAGAUCAAGCUGAAGAAUUACUCGCUCGCUCAGAGAGAAAUAGUAAGAUAGUUGCUAAAGUUAAAAAAUUACUCCCCAGUGGUACUUCUAUUAAUGUUAUAAAGAGAAGAAUUGCUAUAGCUCAAAAGAUUUAUGAUAUCUUCAGCACAAUUGGUGAGGAUAAGAUCCAACGAAUCAGAAAUUUCAGCGCAUCAA